CUUACAGUUUUUAUUUAUGCAUUCAUUAGUUCUGCUGGCAUUUAUUUUCAAUUUAUUUUGUACAUACUAUCAAUACAAUCUUUUAUUUUAUUACCCUACGGAAGCCUGAAAACUAAUCACUCUAGGUAGUGCAGUAUAAGAAUAGAAAAUGGUUUUCGUGGUAAUAAUAGAGCAUACAAAUGUGAAAAAUAUAUUGUGAUUUAUCUGAAUAUCAUGAGCAGUUACAAAAAAUAUUCUUCACCAUGGUUAAAAGGUCCAUCAUACGAUUCAUCAAGUUCAAAAAGUGACACAUCAACGUCAAAGUUUGGAAGCAGCAGUUACCUAAAAAGUUCUAAAAGAACUCCCUCAGAUUUAAAGGAUACUCCACAAGUAAAAUAUAAAUAUGGCUCCAAUACAAGUUCAACAAAUACCAGUAGUAGCAAUCCAGGUUCAACUUAUCAGCGGGAUAAAUCUUCUACGCGGGAUGGUGUUAUUAGUGGGAAACAGUAUGGAAAAAGUGAUUUGGCUUCUCGUUUUAAGUCCGCAAUUGAAAAAAAGGAUACUCUUCAUGUUCCAUCCGUUUCUUAUCGGCCUCUUAAUAGAACAGAAACCAAAUCACGUGAUCCAAGUGUAGAACGAGAUAAUUCAUCCAAUAGCUCUUACGGUUACAGAAGUGUAUACUCUCCGGGAGCUAGUAGAUCUUUACGAUCACCUAUUAGUAGAGAACGAAGUAAGGAUGAUCUAACUUACACAUAUAGGACCUCCAGCACAAAUUCGUCCAAAGAGGACGUAAGUAAUAUUGCUAAUAAAUAUAUUACAAGCAGAUUUUUGCCAAAGAAUACAAUAGAAAAAAGUCACACUGCUUACAUAAGACCAGUGUCAUCUAGAUUGGCCUCCAGUCAAAGAGAGACAAGUAGAAAAAAUAGAGAACUUUUGAACUUGCUUCACGUACAACAACAGAAUGAUAAAUGUAGUGGGUUGGAGAAACCAUCCACAUAUACUGAUUCAAAAUAUGUUAGUAAUGACAAUAAAUCAAAUGUUGAAGAGAAAAGAAACAAUGUCUUACAAAUAAAUGUAAUCAGUCGCGGUACAUCCCCAACAUUUCCAAAUCCAACACAACUUCUUAAUUCUCGUAGAAUAGACAUGACAAGACUUGUUGAAAAACAAAUCUUAAGACCUAUAAGCCCAAAAAUAAGUGUUGCUGAUAAACAAACCCAAUUUGAACAAUUAGAAGAUUCUUGUCGUAUUAAUCAGUCAAGACUACAUUAUUCAGAUCACUCAAAACCUGUUUAUAAAUCACAACGCAAAAAAGGUGAUACGCCUUCAACGGAUAGUUCUAAAACUCCAUCAAGAAGCAGUUCCACAAAAAGCAUGAUUUCCGUAAAAUCAGAAAAAGCAAAAGACUCAAAAUCUUCAGACGAAAACAAAUCUGCAAAAUCAACCAUAAACGACAAUAAAAAACAGUUACCGCCUUGUACGGCUAACUCAAAAACACAACUAAAUUUGCCAAACAAAGAUUUCAGAAAAUCAGUGUUAAAUAUGAAUUCCGACGUGAAAUCUACAAAAAAUAAAAUUGGAAAACGAACAGAAUCGGUGAGCUCCGUAGAAUCUGAACCAAAUUUGGAAACAAAUGUUGGUAGCAAUAUGAAGUUUAUGAAAAAAGGUUCUCCAGGGUCAAAACUUCCCAAACCCUUCAACAUAACUGACUCAAAAAAUAUUAAUAGCACUCGAUCAGGUGGAACUACAUCCGAAGGUAGCUCAUACAGUGGUAACGAAGAAGAUGGUGCUGAAAAAAAGGGAAACAGCCAAGUAUCGAACUAUUCGUCUUCUUCUGAUAAUGAAAAAGUUUCUAAACCACCUAUAAACCCCAAAAUAAGAAACGAAAAUGGACCAGAUUCAAAAUCAUUUCUAAUGAGAGCUCUAGCUCCUGUAACUAGCUUUUUUAAACAAAAAUAUCAUGAUCCAAGCGAUAAAAGUGAAUUGAUAGGAGAAGACACAACUUUGUGGGAUAUAAAAACCGAUGUUGCGUAUAAUUCAAAAUAUUAUGACGAUAAAACAAUAGGUAGUGGCGUCGAGGAGGAGGAAGAUUCGUCAAUUUUUGAGAAUGAAAGAGAAUUUUCAUUAAACAGUGCAAAUCAAAAUGCUACCAUAAAUUUGAACGAUAAAGCAUAUCAGCCAACAACUGAAACUGAAGAAGUUCGUCACAAAAUUACUCACAUAAGAUCGGGAGAGAGACCUUGGUGGUUAGAAAGUAAUUCCGAUAAAGAGGAUGUAUCAGAUGGAGGAAGGAUAUACAAUAUCAAAGGCACUGAACGAAUAAUAAGUGAAGGCAAGGACGGCCCUUCGAUUUAUCCUGAUGGCCCUUUGAAUAGAAGUUUCGAUACAACCGAAAAUCUUAUGACCUCCGAGUAUUCUCAGAAAUACAAAAUUCGUCAUAUCGAUUCUGGAGAAAGAGCCUGGUGGCUUGACAGUCAAGAAAAUAUUCCCGAAGGUAUUACAAAAUGGGAAACGAAAGUCACCGAUUCACCGACAGAAAAUAGAAUAUCCAAUGGAAGCAUUGCUGACGAAAUAGUAAUUCCAUUAGGAGAUAGGGCAAGCCCCGAAGGUUUGGAGAAUCCCAGUGAAACUAACAGUGGAAGAGCAACACCGUAUGAUAACGUACUUAGAAGAUCCGAAAAAAACCAAAGACCCCAGGACCUAUUUAUCAGUCAUCACACAAAUAUCGAUGACAUAUUGGGAGGAGGAAAUUAUUCGUUGAGUCCUUUAAUAAGUAGGAUAUUUAGUUAUCAGGGAAAUGAGUCCGAGAAUCAGUCGUUCAAUGAUUUAUCAGUGUCAUCUGGAAAAAGCAGUUGGCCACCAACUCAUCGGAACUACAGAAAUAGCAAGUUGGAUGAUGUUGCUAUUCAGCUUUACAAAGAUGGAGACUAUGGAGCUUAUCUUGAUCUGGAUGCCUCUAUAAGUGAACAAAAUGAAGAAUUUGAAGGAUUUCAGUCAAAUAAAAAGAAUUCGCUGGUUCUACGAACACAGCUCUCUGUACGUGUUCAUACCAUAAUAGAAAAGCUAUUAACAUCGGAAGGUAGGGAUCUACGAAGAGCAUUGUUUUCUUUGAAGCAAAUAUUUCAAGAAGAUAAAGAUUUAGUACAUGAAUUCGUCCAGAACGAUGGGCUAGCUUGCUUAAUUAAAGUUGGAUCUGAAGCUGAUCAGAAUUAUCAAAACUACAUUUUGCGAGCUUUAGGGCAAGUAAUGCUUUAUGUGGAUGGUAUGAAUGGCGUCAUUCAACACAACGAAACGGUUCAGUGGUUGUACAGCCUCAUUUCCUCUAAGUUUAGGCUGGUUGUCAAAACAGCAUUGAAACUACUUCUAGUGUUUGUCGAAUACACAGAAACUAAUUGCAUGCUAUUAAUAAAGGCCGUUGAAAUUGUUGAUUGUUCGCAUGGUUUGCAACCGUGGAGUAAUGUAAUGAAAUUAUUGAAGGAUUUUGAUUCAGCUGACACCGAACUUCUUAUAUACGCCAUGACUUUAAUAAAUAAAUGUUUUAACGGUAUUCCUGAUCAAGACACCUACUACGAUCAAACAGAUUCAUUAGAAGAGCAGGGAAUCGAGGCUAUAAUUCAGAGAUACAUGUCGAAGCCCGGGACAGAUUUAGAUCUUUUGCAACAAUUCCAAAUUUAUGAAGCAGUUUUACAAUAUGAAGAUGAUGAUGAAGAUAAGGGAAUCCCACUUAGGCAUUUAGAUGAGAGCUUCAGAAAAACGUUAAGAAAUAGAAAAUCUGUUAUAGAAUCAUCGGAAAGGAGAAAAAGUCGAAGGCAUUCUACGGGAACUGCACCUGUUCAUACAAGUUUAUCACAAACCCUGAGAAAUCAUUUGGAAACGUUUAAUCUCUCGAAUAACGAAGACGACGAUAAUGAUGAAUCUUCGGCUGGACCGGAAGAUGUUAGAUUAAGUGGAAGUUGCAAUAUAGAAAAAUCAAAAGCGAAUGAUGUCGGUGUUACUCCAGCUUUGAGGAGGCGUAGAGAACGGGCCGAAAGGCAAAGAAGUUUCAUGAGAGAACAACAGGAAUCUGCUGCUCUACUACGCGGUUGUUUCGUAUCGCAACAUGAAAAUAGUGACAACAAAACUUUUACUAACAAUAAUAAUAAUAUUAAUAACAACAAUGGCAGUAUGUCACCAGGAGGCACAUAUGGCAAUGGUCAAAGGCUAAUAAACGGAAACAUCGUAAAUAAAAUUCCAAAUCGUAAAGAUCUUGCAUACAUGAAUUCCGUUAAUAAACUUGACACAGAGGAAAAUAGUGUUGGUUUGAUGAACAAAAAACCGUGGAUUCUGUCUAUGAUGUAUAAUGGCAAAAAACCUCCGGAUGAACAGCAAUCCUACGAUAACAUCGAAGACAUUGAAAAUGUAAACGAAAACGAUAGAAAGACAAUUCUGCAAAUUAAAAAAGAAAAUACUGUUAAAGAUUUGACCCAAAAACUAUCAAGUCAAAAUAUUUUGCAAAGUCCAACCGAAGAAAAAGUUAAUCGAAUAGGGGAUAUGUCCGGUUUAAUAUCUAAAGCAAAAGAAGGUUUGGCCAAAUCAAAAUCUAAUGCGUUAAUCAAAAGUCCUACUUCGGAAUCGCUCCCUAAACUUGAAACAAAAAAAACUGAGAACGAACUUCGGUGGGAAGAAUUAGCAAAAUCGUUAAACAGAUCUCUUAACCUUUGUGACAUUGACUUCACCGACUUAACAUCUGACGAUGAAAAUGAUAUUUUAGCACCAGCAUUACCAGCGACUGGAAUUCCUCCUCCACCACCUCCCCUCAUUACUAACAUGGGAAUUGCUAUUGGUGCACCUCCGCCGCCACCAUUAAACAACAGAAUAUCUCCACCUACACCACCAAACGCGCCAAUAUUUGGAAGUAACAUACAAAAAUCUUCAUCCAAACUAACAACUGAAAGUAAAAUACCCAUCAAGAAGAACAAAAAAACGGUGAAACUAUUUUGGAAAGAAGUGCGAGACGACCCAAUUACGUCUAUUAAGUUAAAAACUGGGUUAAUUUGGGAUGAACUUACACCAGUUACUGUUGACACCCAGAAAUUAGAGCACCUUUUCGAGUCUAGAGCAAAGGAUUUAAUCACAAAGAAACAACAGGAACUAAAUAAAAAUAAAGAAAUAAUCGUUUUGGAUCCAAAACGAUCUAACGCAAUUAAUAUAGGAAUGACGAAGUUGCCACCACCACGUUCUAUUAAGACUGCAAUUUUAAAAAUGGAUGCAACUAUUAUGAACAGAGAGGGAAUUGAGAAAUUAUUAACAAUGCUGCCAACAGAAGAGGAGAGGACUAAAAUACAAGAGGCUCAAGCGUCAAACCCUGACCUUCCACUAGGAAGUGCUGAACAAUUUUUACUCACCUUGGCGUCUAUAUCAGAACUACCGGCAAGACUAAAAUUAUGGGCUUUCAAAUUAGAUUUUGAAAAUACUGAAAGGGAAAUAGCCGAACCUUUGAUGGAUCUCAAACAGGGAAUUGAAAUAUUAAGAAUGAAUAAAACUUUCCGCGGAAUUCUCAGUACUUUAUUGUCAAUUGGAAUAUUCUUAAACGGAACAGAAGUAAAAGGCUUCCAAAUCGAAUAUUUGUCUAAAGUUCCAGAAGUUAAAGAUACUGUACAUAAACACUCACUACUUCAUCACCUUUGCCAUAUUUUAAUGGAAAAGUUUCCUGAAGCGUCUGAUUUAUACUCUGAGAUUGGCGCAAUAACACGUGCAUCCAAAAUAGACUUUGACGAACUGAUGCUCAAUAUUCAACGACUAGAAGCAGACUGCAAAGCCUCUUGGGAUCAUUUAAAAUUAAUAGCUAAACACGAUGGUUCGACGAUGAUGAAAGUUAAAAUGUCUGAUUUCCUUACAGACUGCGCUGAACGGAUCAUUAUUCUCAGCAUCAUUCAUCGAAGAAUAAUAAAUAGAUUCCAUAAAUUUCUGCUAUGGUUGGGUAUUCCUCUCCAUCAAAUUGUAGACACAAAGCCAAAUGAAUUUUGUAAAACUAUUUCGGAAUUUGCUCUCGAGUACAGAACAACAAGAGAAAGAGUUUUGCAGCAAUUGGAAAAGAAGGCAAAUCAUCGCGAGCGAAAUAAAACGAGAGGAAAAAUGAUUACAGAGAUUGGAAAGUUUCGUUCUAAAGAAGAUAGAGCAGAUGCAGAGUUAAGGCAACUUCUUGGUAGUGAUAUUUCUGAUGUUGAAAGUCUACAAGGAACUUUGCCGUGGAGAAGAAGAGGCAAAGAUACACGAACAUCACUACUCAGUCAGGCAAAUGGUAAUUUAACAGAUGGCGAUGACGAAAUUCUAGAAAGUUUAGUUAAAACUGCAACUAAGGGACCCUCAUCGCGUACAGCACCAAGAGAACGAAAACGAACCCGACACGCUGAUAGAAAAUCAUUACGAAGAACAUUGAAAAAUGGAUUAUCGGAAGAAGAAAAAAAGCAUCUGUCAACAUACAUUAAAAGUUAUUAGAAGAAGAUAUCCAUAUAGAAAUGCUAAGCUCAUACAGGGUAUUUUUUUUCAAUCUGCUACUAUUACGGUUUAAUUUUUCAAUGAAUGAAGUUCUGCUAAGCUAAUACUCACUUUACUUGCUCUUUUAUAUUGUGAUACAUUUUUAAUUUAAUUUUACACCAUUUUAUUUAUUACAUUUAUGUAAUAGGCAAAUUGCUACUGCCUAAUUAAUAUCUUUCAAUAAUUUUGCUAGUCUUAAAUGAUUUUACUCUAUAUUUGUAAGUUUUCCAAUUGAAACUUGCCUAUCCUUUUGUUUCCUUAGUUUUCGAAUUAAUUGUUUUGUUAUCAUUAAUUUCUGAAACAAAACGUUUCAAAUUCAAUUAUUCUCAUGAUAAUGUGACUAUGUAAAUUAAACUUUUGUUACAAUUAUA